AUGGCCAUUGACGAUAAGUUAUCUAAAGAAAUGUCCUUAGAACGUCUGCCGACAUCAGUGCAAACUGUCUUGGAUUACGGCUCAGAUGACCUAGACAUCUCAAAACUAUCGAAAAUGGCCGAUCAUAUGAUGGAGGUUGAGCGUUUGUCACCCACGGCGGUUGCCCAGAUUUUCCAACGUCUCAGCGUGUCGACCUAUGACCUGGCUGAGCUCAAGACACAGAUUGCCCAGGUGUCGGCGACUGUUGCCGCUUUGCGGCUGCGUCAAUCUGCUGGUCAGUCUCGAAGUUCCUUUGGCCGUGACCGUCGUCGUUCCCGCUCUCGCCCCAGGACCACAUACGUAUGUUGGUGUCAUGUAAACUUUGACGAAAAGGCGCGCCGCUACGUCCCACCCUGCUCUUUAAAGUCCUCACCGGGAAACUCCUCCGUCGGAGGGUAAAUGCGGUCGAGCUCUCUUACAACUCUACCGGUCGCACAUUUAACGUCUGUGAUAACCCGAUUGACAAACGUUUCCUAGUCGACACUGGCGCUCAAAUUAGUGUUGUCCUUCCUAUUCCAGCCGACCGACGCUGUCCCAACCAUGGUCUUUUCCUCGAGGUCGUAAACUCCUCUCCCGUCGCGACUUUUGGAUCCUGAUCUGUCUCCCUUGAUAUUGUUUUCAGGCGACUUUUCCCUUGGAUUUUUGUGGUGGCUGAUAUUCCUACUGCUAUCCUUGCUGCCGACUUUCUAGCCGCUUUUGACCUUCUGGUUGACUGCAGGCAACCUAGCCCCCAUGAUCGCGCAACUACACUCACCGUUGAAUGAUCUCCUCUAUCCUCAACUUCUAAGCAUCUACCCUUCCUUGACCCAGACCCUGAUUGAUAAUCCCGUAAACUUUCAGCAAAAUAUCCUAAUCUCACUAAGCUCCACUUUCCUGACCUCUCAUUGCCCCAUGAUAGUGUUCGUCACAUAUAAACGGCUGGUCCUCCUGUUUUCUCUCAUCCACUCCGUUUUGCUCCUACUCGUCUUGCGGCUGCUAAGGCUGAAUUUGACCACACGUUACAAACAGGGAUUAUUUGACAGUCAGACAUUCCCCAGGUAUCUCCUUUUUACAUGGUACCUCAACCAAAAAAGGAUGAUUGGCGUCCUUGCGGCAAUUAUAGAGCCCAUAACAAUACUACUACGCCAGAUCGGUACCUGGCUCCUCACCUUCAGGACUUUGCCGGAGCUGUUUAUGGCAAAACCGUUUUCUCGAAGAUCGAUUUUGUCCGGGCUUUUCAUCAAAUUCCGAUUGCUGCUGAGCACAUUCCCAAAACGGCAAUGAUGACCCUUUUGGCUUGUUUGAAUUUCUUUGAAUGUCAUUUGGCCUUCGAAGUGCCUCACAGACUUUUCAACAUUUCAUUGACCGUGUUUACAUGGCCUUCCAUAUGUUUAUGUGGACGAUGUACUAGUCGCCACUCGGGAUGCGGAUAAGCACCUUCGACAUCUUAUCCUACGUUUCGAUCGAUGUUAGCAGUUUGGCGUCACCCUGCCCCCUGCUAAAUGUGUCCUAGGCACCAUAUAUCUUGAGUUCUUAGGUCAUCAAAUCGACGCCAACGACAAUCGGCCUCUUCUUUCAAAGGUCGCUGCCGUUCGGUACUUUCCACCCCCUUCCUCGAAGCGUCAACUACAACGGUUUCUCGGUAUGGUGAACUUUUAUCGCCGGUUUCUCCCGAACUGUGCCGACACCAUCCUACCACUGACCAGUCUCCUCGCAGGUUCUAGACGCACCUUUGAACUUACACCUGCAGCACUCACGUCACUUGAGCAGGUUAAAGCCCUUCUGGCUGACGUCACCCUCCUAACUCACUUUCAUGCUGACGCACUUAUAUCUCUGAUGGUCUGUGCUUCCAGUGUUGCUGUUGGCGCGGCUCUCCAACAACGUUUGCUGGAUUCUACCGUGCCUUCGGUUUUCUUCUCUAGGAAAUUAUCCAAGACCGAAGCCCGCUACGGCACAUUUGGACGUGAACGUCAUGCCGUUUGUCUUGCGUGAGUCACUUCUGACAUUUACUGGAAGGUCGAGAGUUCUCAAUUUUCGCAGAUCAUAAGCCACUCAAUUUUGCUCUGCGUUCCCACACUGACAAACUAAACUCCUGGGAGAUCCGCCACCUAGACUACAUUUCGCAGUUCAGUUCAGACAUCGGAUAUAUUGACGGGUCACGGAGGGUGGCUGAAGCACUGUCCAGGCCCUCUAUCGCUAAACUUCAGCUCUCACCCGGGAGCGACCUUGUUGAGAUAGCCGCUGAACAAUGCCUUGUCGGUUCACCCUGUGAUGAGGAUGUUGCCGGACUCCAACUUCAGGAGCUACCAUUGACAACAUGCAACGGCACCAUUCUGUGCGAAGUACCCACCCCAUCCCAUCGUCCAUUUGUGCCACCUUCCCAACGCCGUAAAGUUUUCUAUUCCCCGCACAAUCUAUCCCACCUUGGGAGUCGGGCUGCCGACAAGCUGGUUUCCGACCGCUUCAUCUGACCGAGGAUGCACAAGGGCCGCAAAGCAUGGACACUGGCUUGUAUCGCCUGCCAAAGGGAUAAAGUCAGGCGGCACAAGGCCCUUAUUGGCACAUUUCCGGACCUGGUGCAAGGUUCAGCCACGUUCACCUGGACAUUGCAGGCAUUCUGCCUCUGUCCAGUGGUUGGUCCUAUCUCAUCACCCGUGUGGAUCAGUUCACCCGGUGGCCUGAAUCUAUUCCCCUGCCUCUUAUUGCUGCUCCAACGGUGGUCAGGGCUAUCCUCAGUCUUUGGGUGGCCAUAUUCGGUGCACUUACCACUAUCACGACUGACAGCGGUGCCCAGUCUCUCCUCUCCUUUUUAGGCUUCACCUGCAUCUGAAUAACAGCCUGUCACCUGGCUGCCAACGGAAUGUUCGAGCGGUUUCACCACCAGUUGAAAACCCCGCUACACAUAGCGGAUGAUCCGGAGAAUUGGAUAGAACAUCUUCCUCCCGUCCUCUUUGGCAUCAACUGCGCUCUUAAGCCGGCCCUUGACCGUUCCGCAGUUUAACUGGUCUUUGGCACUACCGUCCGCCUGCCCCGUUGAAAUGAUCUCACCAACCCAACGAGGUGUGGUAGAGAAUCCCACCAAUCUCCUUCACCGCCUCCGAUAGUUUAUGCGGACACUUUCUUCGGUUCUGCCCCGGUCCUCCGCCUCUCCGUCUUAUCUCGAAAAGGACUUGGCAAAGUGCUCUCACGUCUGCCUUCAAUGGGCUCGAGUCUGCCGGCCUCUGUAACCGCCUUAUGACGGCCCAUUCCGGGUGUUCUCUCGCGGGAUGAAGACGUUCCGCAUUCAACACAACAAUCGUGAAGAGGUCGAGGGUGUGGAUCGUCUGAAAGCAUCUGUCCCCGACUUUCAGUCGCACGAGCCAUAUGAUCCCCUACCCUCUGCUAUUCCACCCCCUCCAUCCUCUACUCCGCCGUCCCGUAUUUUCCCUCUUCCUUUCUGUCCACUACCUCCAUCUGCGACCUAUAACUCCAACACUUCCGCCACAGAACGUAUCCACUCUUCUAGAGACCAUGUAUAUAUCAGUCGCAGUGGUCAUUACGUAUACUUUCCUGGUCGACCGACCACUAAUUUCUUUUAGACUUGCACACAUUUCGGCGUCGUUUCCGCCGCCCUCCGGACUCGGAGGGGCUACUGUGCUGAGGCUCCUGACUGUCCUGCAUUUAAUUACCUGUUCACCAUCCUCGAACUUACUGCUUGUUUAUAUGAAUGAAAACACUUGGUGAAAUGCAACGCGUGCGGCAUAUGUUAGACUAUCAGGUCGUUUGACAUUUGAUUACUAAUUCUUUCAUAACUCCUGUCUUGUCCUGAUAUCCAUAGUCUGCGAGUGGCAACCGUAACCUUCGCGUUCUCAACAUCACCACAAGAAUUCUCCGCACAGGAUCAUUCAAGUUGUCUUUUAAUUCUAACGUGUGAAUUUUUCGGUCUAUGAAUUUGCAUCAGGAUAAGCUUGGGAAAGUCCAGCUUUCGCAUACUAGCAUUUUAGUCUACCUGGAAGAAUAGCUUUUCAAAAUUCCAAACAGUAAAUUUGGACAGACGCCACAUACAGUGAGUGACCGAUCUCAUGAAAUUUUGGUUGAAAUUCUGAAAUGCGUUUUCGAUUAGGAAGGAUUACUUGGUCGCGGUUGUAAUACUGAUUAUCUUAAGACAUACUCUUAUAACAUUUCGGACUCGGCAGGAUGUCGGCUUUUAAAUGCUUUUCUUCUUAAUCUCCUGUAGACGGCGUACUCGGUAAAAAAUGAGUACUCAAGUAGCAUGCAUUUUUUCCAUUGAUUUUCGACGGUCUUUGAAAUUUAAAUAUAUUUUAUGGAAAUCAUAAACAAAAAUAUGUUUUCUUUUGGUCAAUCAAUAGAGAAUCACGUCUUCUUUAUAUUUUAUACUGAAGAAGGGAGCAUAAUAAGGUUUUAAAAAAGCUUCUAAUUAUGAGACUUUUUAAGACCGCGAAAUGUCCAUUCACAUAGCAUCGUGCCUGGCCGUUUACCACUGCUCCUCAUGAAAUGUACAACAUGGUCCGCAUCCAUUGCAAAAUUUUAUGGACUCCGCAUGAUACCUCUUUAAUGGCAUGGAAAUAUAUGUGAUUUUCUUUACGCGGAUUGCAUGCACCUUGUAGAGUGAAGUCACUAAACGCAAAUGCAACGAAUGAUCAGGCUCCAAAUUAUUCGGCAAUUAGAAAACUUUUUUAAAACCGAAUCAUACUCCUUCCUUAAGUAUAAAAUUUACAAAAAAAGUGAUUCUCUAUUGAUUGACGAAAAGAAAGCAUAUUUUUAUUUAUGGUUUCUAUAAAAUAUAGAUGAAUUUGAAAGACCAUCGAAAAUCAAUGAGAAGAAUGCAUGCUACUUGAGUAGUCAUUUUUUACCGAGUACGCCUUCUACAGGAGAUUAAGAAGAAAUGUAUUUAAAAGCCGACAUCCUGUCGAGUCCGAAAUGUUAUAAGAGUGUGUUGCAAGAUAAUCAGUAUUACAACCGCGACCAAGUAGUCCUUCCUAAUGGAAAACACAUUUCAGAAUUUCAGCCAACAUUUCAUGAGAUCGGUCACUCACUGUAGCUUAGUGAUGAUUACUUAGAAUCGGUGUGUGAAUCGGCCCUUCUUAUUGGUCAUUUCCGGUGGUUCCUUCUUUACCAGACUAAAUCUUUUAUAAAAUGAAAUAGUUAAAGCUGCUUAUGGCUAUUUGGCCACAAUUUCAUAGUUGGCGUUGAGAUGGACGCCCAGCAUCUUAGCAUGCUUUUCAACAAUUUAUUGUGUGUCCAAAGGUAACUCGAAACACGGAAACCUUAUUAUUAGUAACUACACAACAAGCCUAGGUUACUUGACAAAACAAAACGUAAAUUCAUUUUUUUCCGGACACCCAGUUACUAGACUUUGCAAAAGGGUUAAACAUUUGGUUUUCAUGUAUUCGCCGAGAUCCUGCUACUUUUGCCGUUGCAAUAGUGCUUGCAGUUACCACAGAUGUCAUGUGGAUGUCAUGUGUACUGAAUCGAAUUUAAGUAAGAAAACAUUUGAGCCCUAUUUAGCAAACUGAAAGGAGGAAAGUUUUGGAAAUGCACUUUCACCUAUAACUAACUAUAUGUUGUUGUUGAAAGCGAUUUUUCGAGACCUCAAUUUGCUGCGAAAUCAUGGAGAAAAUCAUUAAGAAAGCCUUGAUGCAGUUCCUCGAGCAGCAUCACUUCUCCGAUUCCAAAUAUGGCUUUCGAAGUGGUAGGUCCUGUCUAACAAUUUUGCUCUUGCUACCCGAACGCCACCUACAUCGACUUCAAAAAGACGUUCGACAGCAUUCCUCAUCAGCGUCUUGCACAAACUGCGCAACGCAGAAAUUUAUGGACACCUCCUUCUAUGGGUCCAGAGUUUUUGACUGAACGAUCAGAAAGACUGUAGGUCGGACGCCAACAGGGUAAGCGUGGUGAGUGUCUCCCCAGAGGGUUCAGUCCUGGGUCCUACGUUAUUUCUUCCUUUCAUAAAUGACCGCACCAAGGACCUAGACUGGGAUGUCAAUCUGUUUGCUGGCGACAUAAAAUUGUGGAAAGUUAUUCUUAAUACGGCAGACGGAGACCACCUGCAAACAAACUUGAACAGGCUCGAGGAUCGGUUGAGGCGCUGGCUUAUGCCAUUCAAAGCAGGUAAGUGCAACUUUCUUUAUCUCGGCAGCUGUAGAGUCUCCAGCCUCAGAGCUUACUUUCGUCACGACACGCCACUUCAUCAAGUUGAACGUCAGAAGGACUUGGGGGUGUGGAUUACAUCUUUACUCAAACGGACACUGUACUGCAGCAAGGGAGCUAAGUCGGCUAUGUCUACAUUGCAACUCAUUUGGCGAGCCUUUAUGGGACCUGACAAAGACAGCUUUUCUAAAAUAUUUGUAACCUUCGCGGGACCCCGUAUAGAAUAUUCUGUCCGGGCAUGACGACCAUGGACUGUGAAGGACUAUACCGACAUAGAGAAGGGCCAGAGGUGGACGACAAAAAUGACAAAAGGCCUGGAAGCACUGCCCUAUGAAUCCAGACUGUCAAUUCUCAACCUGUUUUCCCUUUCCUACAGGCAGCUACGCGAUGAUCUUGUACUAAUAUUCCGCAUUAUAAACGGCCUAGACUGUUGCUUGGUUCCCAGUGAUUAUUUCACUUAAGCUAGCAUACCCACUUAGCGCGGUCAUCCCAUAAACUUUGAGCAGGUAGGGCAAGGAUCAAUAGCCGAAAGUUUUUUUCAGUAUCAGAGUGGUUACAAAGUGGAAUGCUUUGCUUACUGAUGUUGUACUCUUCCUCUGUGUUGAUUCAUUUAAGUCUAGACUCAACGCGUAUCAGGCAUCCCAAUUACCAGCAACACAAUCAUUCACAUAAGCCAUCAACCAACUUAUAUAUGUUUAUACUGCUUGCAAUUAGAACCUUUCAUGUUUGCCCGUUUUCGAAAGGCUGCCAGUUGCCUAUUUUUCGCAUGCCAUUAUGUAUAAACCUCUUUUUCAACUUUCCACUUAUCGGGGCUUUUCUUAGACGAUUUGUAGCCCACAGGGAUUUCAAAACGUUCGCCUAUAUUCCCUUUAAUAAAAGUGAACUGAAACGUCAGGAAUGAGAAGCCAUAAGAACAUUAAUUGAUUGCUUAUCCGUAGAGGCAGCAUGCAUUAGCAGGUAGCUUAUGCUGUCACAAAGAAGGUAGAACACAAUUCCGAAAGACGAGAGCAUAAGUAUCUUAUCAAGAGUGCUUGAUACAAGAACGUGAGCCUUUUGCAGUCGACUCCAUGACGCUUAUAUUUCAAAUGUAAGGUCGUUUUCUUGGGAUCAGUUGCGUCAGACAAAGCAAAUUCUGGCACUUUCGGGAGCGUAUAUGAACAAGUAGUGUGAAGCUAAGGAUGCAAAUUUGUUCCGCUAUUUUCCAAAUCGUAACUUACAUGUUACAAAUGACUACCAAAUCCGGCUCCUGUUUUUCUUCAGGAGAUUAAUUUUUAUCAUCGAAAAUCCUAACAGGGACAAUCACCAGAUUUGUUUUUAACUAUUGAUAAAAAAAUAAUUAAAUUCUGUCUCAUACAAAAAUGUGGGCGCUUAAAGCCUAAACGUAAAAGCAACGGUUUCAAAUAAGAAAUCAAAAAAUAUUCGCUAACAAACUCCAAUGGUUCAAAACUUCUUAACGAACAGAAGUUCUUAUAUUGUAUAAUUUUAUUAACUAUUAUCCUUAUUGAUAUAAGACAUAAUAAAAACAAACUGCGGAAAGCCCGACAAUGACGGCAUACCUAGAUUCGAUAACAUCUUCACGGCAGUGCAGACUAAACUGAUCGUCUUAUCUGUAGUCUCGCUUUCUGCCCACCUUCAUUGAUUAACUCCAAAGGUUCCAAUGGCUGAGAGUCGAAUUUCAGUUUUCACUUGAGGGGGCUUUACUGCAUUAAAAGAAUCUUAAUCGCGGUGACUAGAGAAUCAGACACGGCUGGUCUCACAGUCCUCACAUAACUGUUGAGGUCUGCGAUUAGCUUUGACCGUUAUGUAAGCAGGUUGCAAUUACAGUGCAUACUCGUUGCACACCUGUGUCUGACGAUGGUAUCGUUUAAGUGUUCAAAGCGUUUGGAAAAUAAGGUUUUUGCUCCAGUAAUAGAAUACCCACUGCCUGGAGCUAUUGUAUUUAUCUUGGCUUCAGAAUGUAGACCUCUGAUUAGAAACUCGGAAAACAAUUCCAUAGCAUACUGUUAGAUAAGCAGGAACCACUUGAUCUACAGGAGAUUUCACGCAUGUCAUUGCAACAAAAAAUGAUCGUCAUAACUGCCCCCUUCCGGAGCGCUAUUAUACCUUGUUGUUUCUUUUGCGAAACACCACUAGCCUGCUGAACCCACUUUGAUUGUUUUGGAUAAUGAAUAAACAAGAGUCGUAGUUCCUCAUUGUUAUUUCGAAUUUCGCUUGUUUUAUUCCUGUGAAUCUCCUAUAGUUUUCAUUGUCCAGGUGAGCACAUGAUUGCUUUUUCCGAAGAAGUUGGGUUUUCUCAGACUUCUGGCGAAAAUAGGAGGGAUGAGUAUUAUAUGGUAUAAAGUUGGACCAUAACGAUCAGCGACGAUGAAUUCUUAAUGCGAUCUUUCAAACAAAUGCCACUUUGUCCGUAAAAGUUGCAUUCUAUCUGUAGUUUAGGCACUAUUUCGCUCCCAGCUAGCCCCUGAUUCAGUUUUCCUACUCUACACGUAGUUUUUAGGUCGUGCUAUACCGUACAAGAAAAUCACUUAUUCCAGCAGUGUUAAUAGUAUAAUUCACUGAGUGAAAUUCCAAUGAUUCUUGACACUGUUGUAUCACAAAAUCGCAGUAGAUACGCUAUCUCAUUAAAUGUUGGUCGACAUUUUGAAAUGCGCUUUCGAUUCGUAAGUAUUACUUUAGUAGAGUUGUGAUGGCAAUUACCAUGCAGCAUAACCGCAAGAUAUUUCAGUCACAUCAGGAUGUCGGCUUUUGAAUGAGCUUCUUUCCGGCCGUUUACAAAAUCUGCACUGUGUAAAAAAUGAUUCCUCAGUGGUAUACGUUUUUUUGGCAUAGAUUUCCAAUGCCUUCAUAAACUGAAUUAUUUUUUAAGAAAUCAUGUAGACAUGUAAAACAUGAAAAAUGUAAAUAUAAUAAAUAUUCUUUCUCGCAUUCAUUUGGUAGCAAAUCAUGUCUUCUUCAAACUGUGUAUUUAAAAAGGAUAGCUUCGGUUCUAAAAAGGUUUCUCAUUAUGAAAAGGUUUUAAGACAGUAAAAUCUCCAUUCAUAGAUCACUGCACUAGCAAUUUGAUUAAGGCAUACAACACUUUCCUAUCCACCUUACUGUUUUUUGAGUACUAUACAACGUCUCUCUGAGGGCAUCGAGAAAUGUGUGAUAUUUCAUUGACGAGAAUGUAUAGAAAAUGUAUUUUAGAAACCCAGAAUGCAUACGUAGCGGCAGAUGGGGCGAAAAACGGUUUAAGAAUUUGAGGAAAUUUUGAAAACCAAAAGCUAACUCUUUUGAGUAGAAUAUUUUAAGAGCACGUAUUUGACUGCAAGAUGAAUACAAGAAGGACCAUUUCAUAAAGUUUUCUCUAAAAUAUUUUUUAAUUUAUAAGAACAUUGAAAAUUAAGGAUAACACCUAUGCUCCUGGAAUAGUCAUCUUUUAAUGUGCAGAUUUUGCGUACGGCCGAAAAGAUGCUCAUUCAAGGAAUGGAUGCAUGACGUGAAUAGCAAGCCGCACAAUAAUUAAAAUGACGACUCUACACACAUAUUCCUUACGAAUAGAAAGCACAUUUCAAAAUUUCGGUCAACACUUCAUGAGAAAGCUCAUCUAUUGUCAUUUCUCUGUUCCAGAGGUCUUAUGUUCAUUUUCUUUACAAAUUUGACCUAUUUUAUGGAAUAUUCUUAGUAAAAAGCACUACUGCCAGACUUUAAAUUUUCUGCCUGGUUUAGAAUUAGUGAAACUUGUUUUCUGAUGAUAGCAAGAAUUAGCUUUCAAGAUAUUUCUUUAUUAGAAUUUGCACUGAUGAACGACUAAGGGCUGUAAAGACAAAGUCUUCUGCUAGCGAGGACAGAAGUCGGUCCACUGUCUGGUUUUGUCUGACCGCUCCAGCUCAUGUUCUGUCUGGGCGCAAUCCAAAUAACAGAGUUCAAGAGGUCGUAGGUGACUGCUGACUACAAGACGAGACCGCAACAGACAGAAAGAAAAGAGCUGAGGUUAGGGGUCGAAUUACCGUAAAAGAUGUGCGCUUCAUUCUCUAGGGAAAUCCCCGUCGCAUCAAGCUGAGACGUAUUUUCUAAAUGUAAAGCGUGGAAUCGUUGGCACGGAAAAAUUUGCAUUGCCGAAAGCUUUGGUUAACAUAUUCUUCGUCAAGUUACGCAAUUAAAUUUAGGCCCUUGUAUUGAAAGGGAUUAAUGCCUCUUAAGAAGUAAGACGGAAUAGGAGUAGAUCGGGUGUAUGCCAACAGAUCAAUAUAAGGAAAUAACCCGUCAACGUUACCUAACUGAAUCCUAAGUAAGAGAAUUCGGUUCCUGAUAAGUUACGCAAGACGUCAUCUUUCGUUUUUUGACACAUAUGGCAGAAGGCCUGUUCGUAUCCAUCAUGCACUUGCCGUUCAAUUCGGAACAGAGAAAAAUAGAUUAGCAUAGAGCUUCGACCUGAAGCCCUUAUACUGACCUUGUUGGUCAUUCUUGAGACUGUGCAGUUAGGUUUUCGACCUUUGAAAAUAUCUUCUACCAGAAAGUCUACGAACCCAAAUCAUUGCAAUAUUAUAAUUUGCGUUUACGCGCAAAACAAAAAACGAGCACUGCAGCGUUAUAACUUGUGUGCAGCAGAAAAGAAUAAUCGCCGGCAUAGAUGAAAAGAAAGCAAAUAAGGAAUUCGAAGCAUUCUAAGAGAGUUUUCGAGGGUUUGCAAAAAGUUUAAAGUCCGUAUAUUACUGCAAACAGGCUUAUCAAAAUAGUAUCUUCAUAGCACAUUUUUGACUGCGUUUUUAACAAAGCUGACUCGUUAUUAAAGAAGAAGGUUGAAGACACACUGUCUUUAAUUUUGGCCAAAAGCGAUUACUUUUAAUCUGUAAAAGUGUCCUAUCGCAAACAUCCUUUCGGAGGCGUUCACAGUCUGUCUCAAGAAAGUUAAAAAUAUAACACUUAAAAAUUAUUGUAAGUGUUCUUUUUGAAGUUGUGCCACUGGUUCUGGAAAUUCGGAUGAGACGCGUUUUAUUGUAACAUGCACGCAAAAGAUAAUUUUGCUCUUCCACGAAUCCGCAUUUCUUUCCCGUGAAGCAGAAGAUAUAGACAUGGUAGCUGAACCGUGGAAGAGCCGUACUCAUCGGCUAAUCGAGUUCAAAUGGCAAUCGUUUUGUUAAGGCAGAAAAAAUGCAUGUCGAUUCCUUCUCAUCCUCUCUAAAUAACCUUUCCUCUACUCUUCCUCAUCGUCAAUUUCAAUGGCACUUAAAUGCGCACAUUUUUUUUCCAAAACGGCAAGCUGUCGUUUGUGACCAAGAGAGGAGUUCAAGGCACGUCGGGAAUUUAUUACUUUUGUGCUAUCUGAUUUGAGAGACAUCAAUUAGUCCUUGUAUUUGUUGGUAUGUAAACCAUCUCGAUAAUUGAAUGCUCAUACUUAUGUAGCUACUCGAGCGGCCUCAGACUCGGAAAUGCAAAAGGGAACGACGCUGUUACAGGCGUUGUGCAAAAAGACACUUGUAUUGUAAGCUUGCGCCUUUACUUCGUUUGCAUUCGACAGGGAUGCCGAUGUUGCUCUUACUGCCUUGAAGUUUCUUUCCAAAAAGCCUCCGUUCACAUGUCGAAGUUUAGCUGAAGCUCAAAUAGAUGAAUAAAAGUCAGGUUAAGUUCGGCAGUUUUCAUGGAAAAUCAAUGCACAGGCCUGAGUAAAGUGCUUGAGUUAUCCUGCCACAUUGUAAAAAGUCGUGAGAAAGUUUAGGAAGUGUAAAAUACAUCUGGAAGACGGCCGACCAAUCAAUGUUACAAGAACGACAGACUCUAAAAUAAUGAUUUCAUUAAUACAACGGUUCAGAGGACGACUAUGUCAUCUAUUAAUGACUUUUCAGAUUAAACAGAUUUUCGUCCACAUAUUAGCGUAUGAAUUUAAAAACAAAAUCUUCAAUUGGAUGGUCUCAAAUUAAUAAAUUUAACUGAAAUGUGCAAUUAAUCCAAGGGUUUACGUCACCUGGAAAAAUAGGCUUAGAAAAUUUGCUCAAGAUUGUUUAAGGUAUUUUCUAUGUGAAUUCAAUGUGGACAAUGCUCUACUGUUCAAGCAUGUCUUUCAAAACCACUGGAAAAUUGCCAUUUUUGUUUUUCGACCGACAAAUGCAUUCAAAGUCGCAAACCAUUUAAGGAAUUAAUAAAAACAUGCAGUUAAGGAGGGCCAGAGACUGGGUUUUUUAAAAUCUUAUUCUCGUCAAAACCCUUCGUUUGGCUGGGUUGCAAAGCCUUUCACAGUCUAUCCCCCAGAGUUCUUUUCCCCAAGGGGCUUUUGUUCAAAAAAGCGGCUGAUGUCUAGGAAAUCCGUCAAUCUUUUGUGAACUUGUCGGGGUGCGCACUGGUGCAGUAAAUAACCCGUGUACGGUAAACUUACCGUAAAAAUCUUCCGAACCGUAAGCAUCAGUUUAGUAGGCCAUUAGGGUAUUCGCGUCCAUAGACUGAUACUUGUUUUCGGGUAAAAAGGUCAACUAAGCAACCUUAAUUUGGAUAUCUCUCUACCAACUAUAAAAGUAGAAGAAGAAUCUACCUAAAAUCAUUCUAAUUAACGAAGAAAUCUCUCUACUCGGGCACUGGCAAGUAUUGGACAUUUCUUUGUUCUAUGCACUAAGCCUGAUUUAUCUUUAAAAUAUGUAAAAAAUUUAUCCGACAAAUUUGUGAAUAGCAUCACAUAAAUAUUCCAUGAAAAUGGAAUUUGAUUUCCCUUCUAAAAUAAUGGACAGAAAAUGUUUCUUCCAUAAAGAAAUGAGUAUAUACCGGCUGUCUUUUCAAAAGGCCUAAUACCAUCCCUUAAUUAUUUUUAUGCGAUAUAUUUCAAAGGUCGUCUUUCUGGAAGCUUUUUGUCGUUGUUGAAAAGUACGAUUUUCCUAGCCCGUGGUCGUGUAUAUUCUAAGCCACAUUUUAGCUGAUUUUAAACGUUAUUAGUUAAUUUAUUUUCCAAGGAGAAAAAGAGGACAAGGAUCACGCAAAAUGUAUUUAACUUAAUCGGAAGCUUUUUGUCGUUGUUGAAAAGUACGAUUUUCCUAGCCCGUGGUCGUGUAUAUUCUAAGCCACAUUUUAGCUGAUUUUAAACGUUAUUAGUUAAUUUAUUUUCCAAGGAGAAAAAGAGGACAAGGAUCACGCAAAAUGUAUUUAACUUUAAUAAGAUUUCUUAUCCCCGAAAAAAAUGGUUACGGAGUUUGAGGUCAACAGAAUUUUGUACGGCACGCACUGUGAUUCCAGACUUCAAAUUAUAAGACAAUUUUAGAUGAUCUAGUUGUGGUCUGGUGAUUUAUCUAGUUCUUCCCUCUUCUACAGACAAUGUUGAGGACUGCCAUCACUUUCGCCAUAUCAGCCGUUAUUCUGGGCAUUAACUUAUGUCUGGCGGAUAUCAUGUAAGUGAAAUUAUUAUAAGUAUAUCCGGGUAAUAUUAGUUUUUUUAUUUGUUCAGUACAUUCUAAUGCGUUAUGAGAUAGAAAAAAUGUUUUUUGCCAUUAUCUGUGUAUUUCUGAAGUGGUUAUGCUAACUUCGUGGCGGAGCUAGAGAUUAAUGAGAGACCCCAAAGGAAAAGUGCCUGAGGUUUACGUUCCCGUAUAUCCCGGCCCAGCUUAGUAGCAGGAGUCAUGAACUUUACUCAGAUUAUCCAGCCCAUCUUUAAAGUAGAUCCCGAAGUUAACAGUAAAAGGGGAUUUUAAGGCUAUCGGAUUUGGUUGAAAUUAGGCCCGAUACAUAUGCAGGAGUAAACCUGAAAUAGACGACCGUAUUGUUUUAUCCUCAACCAAAAUCUUUAGCAAGUGUGAGUGUACACACUAAGGCGACGGGUUCUCUCCAUGGCCCAGUUCAUAAAUCAUAGGUUAAUUGUCUUUAUAUUUAUUUAAAGACUGCUCUUAAGUUGGGAAAAAGAAUGCAGCCUAGCUGCAAGAGAAAUAACGGCCUGGCAUAUAAGUAAGUGUAGCACGAAAUCAAUGGUUGCGCAGACUGACUAAAAAGUCAAGGAGUGUUAUCAUAGAGCAUGUAUUUGAGGGCCUUACAACACAAAUGUAUUAGUCAAAUGCCGUGCUGAAGCCAAAUGAAGUAAUGAAACUCGCCAAUUUUGGGAGUUUAGACAGAAGGAAAACUCAAAAUUAGUCCAGAUGUUUCGUGGCCUUUCAUUAGGCCGGGGCGUUUAAGACCUAUCAGACAGCUCUACCCGCCCUGUUUGACGAAUACCCAAAUAUGUUUCAUUUUUUGGACAAUGACUAAAAUGGGUCUGCUUUAGAACCAGGGAGAUGUAACAGAGAUUGAACUCCGUCAUGGUCAAGAGAAGAAUGAAGUUGUAACAAUGGAAUAAAAUUUCAUUACUUCAGAAGACAAUCCGUUGAAUUUUAUAAAAAAGCAAAUUAGCUUAACGAAUCGCUAGAGGUCUGAGGUAAAAAUCAAUUGCGACAUAACAGAUCUACUUCCAUUUUCAUAAUAUCUCUUUUAUAUAAGCAAAUGUUUGCCGUGGAUCGCAAAGCAAGAUUGAAGUCAUUCGAGGAAAAGGGUAGCAUGGUAUUUUUUUAGUGGAAAGAUAACUCAGAACCCACUGAUACUGAAAAUUUGAAGGGUUUGUUAUUCCAGCAACUUUAAUGAAAACGCCGUCACUCAAGAUGAAGAUGCGUAUGAAAAAGUUACUGAAUCACCAUAAACGGGAUUAUUCAUUUCGAGUCUUACACAGCAGUCAUCACUUAAGAACGGGAUAAUCUUGACACCGUCAAUCUGGUGAUGGAUAUGUAGAGUAGUGAUGCGAAACUAAAUUUGCCAAUUCUGAUGUCCCAUUGGUUUUCCAAAAACCAUACGUUUCUCAAUUUGCAUUUUCAGUAGUGAAGGCGCCCUAAGUCGUCAGAAUGCUAUAGCAAUGCCUUUAGCCGAUUAGUUUAAAGCAAUACGGAAUCAGACGUUUUAAGUCUGCACCUGUAAACUUAUUCAUGUAGAAAGCUUUUGCUCUGUUACUUUCCCAGCUCGCUGCAGUUUUCAUUAGCAGCUCUUCUCUACUGUUUAUGAAGAUCAAAUUAUGUGAAGAUGAACUGUUAUAAUGCCGAUAUAUGUUCUUCGCGCCUGUUCUGUAUAUAUCUUCGCUCAAAAUUAGUUAAGUUAUAAGUUAGAGUUAAAACUUCGUUUUCAUCACCAGAAAGGCAGCCCCAAUGCAAAACCGAGUAAUUCUCAGUACUGACAGAUUCACAAACGUUUCUUACUUGCUAGCAAAGAUAUUUUUAGCUAUCCUUUUUAUCCUUUGUAGGCAAUCGGAAUUGGAGAGGGCGCAACUCGACAAGGAGGCAGAGUUAUUUGAAAAAUAUCUGGAUGGGACAAAAAAAGGAACUCUGUAAGUAAAAGGAAUAAACCAUUUUCAGUGGCAGUGACCUGCAAAUUUUAAUCUUUGACUAGUUAUGGAUGCGUUAUAAUCUCAUUAAUAAUCCAUUAAAUUCAAAGCGGUAACUCAACUCGUUUCUGUCGCAUGCUUUAUUUACUGCUGUUAUUUUUCGAAAACUAAGUAUUAUGCCAAAAUUUGUUACAUUCGUUGAUAUUUAUUUAAGCAUCUACAUUUAACUUUAUAGUGCAGUUUUCAACUAUCGCGAAUUUAAAGCAUCACUGGAAUAGCGAACUCAUUAUAGACAUCAUGUUCUGUACUCCUAAGAGUCGGGUAGUAAGGCGCGCAGCUUAGAUACGUAAUAGUAAAAACCUGUUGUUUUCUUGUUGAAAAUGAGUGAAAGUGUUUAGUUAACGAUCUCGACGUUUUUAGGACGUUUUUUACGAUGAAUAUACACUUGUCUACAUUCCAAUUUAAUAGCAACCGCUAUGUAUAAGAAAUUUGGGUUAGCAAGUUGUUGCAAGAGUUUAAACAGUCUAAUACCUCCUCUACGCAACAUUAAAAGAUAUCUAAAUGUCCUUAAGGUCUUUUGUCGUAAAUAUUUGAACCAAGAACUAACGCUCGUAGUCGGCAGUAUAUUGUAAGAGGCUUUUGCACAUAUCAAAAAGGUUCUCAUGAAAUUGCUUUUGCAGCACAACGGCCAUAAAAAGUGAAAGGAUCAACAUAGUCUGGCAUCUUCUUAACCAUUUCAAAUUUUUCGAAAGGUGAGUUCCAAAAGCACUUGCUCCAAAUCCGUUCGUAUAAAAAUGUUAAAAUACGAUGUUAUGGGAAUUGGGUCAGGCCUUUUAUAAUGUCUCAUCAAAGUGCAAGUCAUUACAAGUAAAUUGGCUUCAACAGUUUUCUACUUUGAAAAGCCGUACGUCUAUAACAGACGUUCGGCACAUAUUGCACUCUGGAACAUCUCAGAUGUCAGAGACUGGAGUUUCAAUUUCUGAUCAAUGCUGCAUUCAAUAUAAUUCAAUCGUUAUUUAAAACUUCAAUCAGUUUUCUUGAAUCAUUUUUCCAGGCGAUUAGCGAAAACAAUAUAAGCCUAAAAUAAAAUACAGUGUAUUCCAUUCUAACAUGCGUAGGUACACAUGAAAUCUGUAUAAUAAGAAUUUGCCUUUGCAGAUAAACACAGUUGUCUAAAUUUCAUCGUAAAUCAUACCACGCAUAAACUAUUGUUUUCACUCUAAAUGAAAUUGUUCUGUAUGUUAAAGACAUCAUGCAAUUUAUUUGGGUUGCAUUUAUAUGCUGUAAAAACAAAUGCAUGAUUCUGAUAAUGCUUCGCCGACUUAAGUGAAUCACCGACUUUACGACUACUUUUCAAGGUCAACGCAUUUUGGCGGACCGGACAUAUUCGCUGACAUUGCGGAUGAGUGGCCAGAAUUUUACAAAAAGUAAGUUCGAACAGUGCUGGAUUGUUAUUAACGAAACCAAUCCCGUGGAUGGAAUCAUUCAGUCAUUUCUGUAUGCUCGCUGUCCCUUAUGGCUCCAAUUUAGAUGAUAUGUUCUGGUCAUCAUACAUACAGCCAUAGAAAACGUGCACAGUAAAAUCUUCGCAAAAGUCACGUUAUUGCAAAUGUAACGUUCUAUAGAAAAUUUUAAUCAUGGUGACUGACUAGGGACAGCAGCUCAUCGACGCAGUUAAAGGCAUUUCGCAAAAAAUGCAUCCUUCAUCCGAAUAAGUUUUUAUGGCACGAUUCAACCACUGUAAAAUUUCUAAAUUAAUUCCAAUCGUCAUUUGUUCGACCGCAUCUUAUUCAGUAAGGGCGAUUUUACAGAUUUCUGUAGGGCUGGUGGGAAAACACCCGUAAAUAAAUAUAAUUUCACACACGCAUUAAGGACGCCUGGACUCAUUGCAGCCAACCUGUGCCUCCAAAAGGCUACCGCAAAACCCACAAAUCAUUUAGAACCAUGUCAAAUAGUGUGACAAAUACGUUUUAAGAAUACUUGUACAUAAAGAUUAGCUACUUUUUAAACCUUAAAUCAAGUUGCAUUUGUUUCAUUUACAGUUUCACAAAUGCGGAACAUGACACUAAUGCAAGCAGUGCAUUCGAAUAUUUUCGUUUCAGUCCUGACAAGUUAAUACCCAUUUUGCAAAAUAACACAAUAAUGCCUUCUUUAUGGUCAGACAUCAUGCUUUAUUUUGCAAUUUUUGAUCGCUACAAUUGUCGUCUUCUGGACUAUUUAUAUACUUUGUGCACAUUGGACUAACUAUAUGCACACAAUUUUUAGAUGGGAUUCAGAGGCAGACUACAAUGGUAUCGAAGAAUUCUAUGAUUCAUUCGGACUAAAUUUUGACAGGCGAGUGAUAAACAUUUGUCCUCUACGAGGCUCAACUGACUAAAAAGUUAAAGCCACAUGCGAUGUUUUGAAACUUUGUUAUACACAGGCGGUUUAACUAUAUCAGCACACUUGAAGAUUUAAAAUUAUAUCAGAGUCAAAGAAGAUAAACAUGUUAAGUCAGUCUGAACCAACAGAGCGUCGUUUGUACAACUUCAAAAAUUGUUUAGAGUAUUCCAUCGUUACUACUUUUAUGUUCCUGAUGAGUUACUAUGAGGUUUUACUGUGCGCUACAGGCGCAUAUCGAGCUAUAGUUGCACUAGCUUCAUUCACAUCACGAACAAGUAAAUUCCAUUUCGUCCUAGUGCUGCAAUCAAUGACGACUACCGAAUGGACGAGCCGUACGUUCAUCUGGUUAUUUCACUUUCAGGCUAAAUGACGUUCGAUGCAUUCAUUCUAACCAAAUUUAUUGUUAUGGUUGUGAACUCAAAUUCCAUUAAAUUAUACAGGCAUAAAUACUGGAAGGACAAAAGAGAAGAUCUGGAAAAAAUUGACGCUAAAGUGUACGCUUAAAUUAUAACAGCGGCUCGUUUAAAACUUUCGCAGGUUUUUUUCUUUUCACAACAACUGAUCUCCCCAACACUUACUUUGUGCCAUUGGUAUUUUUAAUACCCCACUUCCCAUCACAGAAUUUCACCUAAGUACCUGUGCCUAUUUGCCUUUAAAGGCUGAUCACAAUUUAACCAGUAACGUUUAGUCACCAAACGUUUAUAUGAAUUUUGUCAAGGAGGCUGUUUGUCAUUGCUGAAGCAAACGUCCUCAUAUAUUUCUUGCAGUUUGUUGCGCGGCGACUCUGCUGAGGAUCAGGUUCCAGAGGGAUCUCCUGACGGGUAAAUAACUCUACCCUCAACUUUCUUUUAAGGGAAAAAUUCGCAUCGGUUAUUUUGCUUAGAAGGUUAUCUUCGUUGCCUUGAAUUCCCUCAGAUUAUUCAGUUAGUGCCUUCCCUCUUGCAGUGCAAUUUUUCUAAAUGGAUUUCUCAAAAGGCGGAACAGUACCACGGUUCUCGUUCUGUACAGCACGUCGAAGACAGUAUUUUCUAAAUAUAGUGAUUUUAUUGCAGUCCAGUAGUACUGUCACUGGUUGGUAGGGCCCCUGACGACUACGUUCAAAGAUUGAGCAUCAAUGUUAUUACGUCUUACUUUUAAAUGAUAAACAGAAAGUCAUCUGCAUAUUUUGGUCGAGAAAAUGUUACUUAUAUAAAAACUCUUGAUGACAAGUGUUGUAGCCCUUGGCAAAAUGGAUGAGUUUAUUUUUUUAAGCUUAUACAAUUCUCCAGAAAGAAAAGCAUACACACAUUGAGAAACUGACUGCAGAUGCACCCGAGCUUUUGGUUUCUGGUGAAAAACAUCCAUUUACACACACCCUCUUCUAUUUAGAUACAUGCUGAGUGAAGACAAAAACCUGAUCUUGCAAUUAAUAAAGGCCGAAGAGCUUAUCCCUGCGUAAGUUGAAAAUUUUGAAGAUAAGAUUACAAAAAUACUCAGAUGGACGGGCACCUAUUGUGAUUAUAUCUUCGAGUUAAUUUGCGCAUACUUCACUGGGGAGCAGUAUGAAAACUUUCGCCGUCUUCGAAAGUCCCAGAGCAAGGCAGAAGACAAGGCAGUCAUAUGUGAAACAUAUGUAAGGAACAAGGAGCAGCGCAUUAGAUCUGCAUUUCGAAAAUAAUAUUUUGACGUAGAUAAGGAAGUGUAGGACAAUCUAAAUUCCGUGAAUGUCAACUUUUAUGGGAACCGUCCUGAAGUUAUCACGUUUAACCUUAAUUGAUAGUAUUAAGCAAGGGCCGUUUGUGUAACGAAUUUAAGCUGAAUAGGUAGGAAUUUGUAGUACUAAUAAUGGCUUAGUUUUCUAGAUGACCUAAAACUACAUAAAAAUAAAACCUGUCCGGACGAAGCUUCCAAGGUGUCUUUUACUAGGAUUAUCUGUGGGGGAUGUCUUCAAUCUACUACGCUAUUUUUCACUCACUUUGUGUAUACUCUUAAGAUUCCCACCAAAUUUAAAUCAUAUCUCCAUGUUUUUUGGCAAUGCGCAAGAAUCAACAACUCCUUUUUAGUUGUUCACAAGCUGUAUUUAUUUGCCGCUUUUAAUGCCUGGUAUGGAGAAUGUUUUUAUUUUACACUCUGUUUAAGAAAAAAGUCAAAAUAAUUUUUAUUUGAGAAGCCUUGAUGUGUUUUAAUUUUAAGCCUCAUAGACCUUCGUAAUGAGUCGUUGAAUCUUCAUGAGAAGGAGCAUGGAAACAGGUAAUUAAUCGUAACACUUAGAAUAUAUUCUUUUAAAAAUACUUAAAUUCUCUCUUGCUAAGGAACAUGAUUUAGUUUAUGUGACUAAAUUUCUAUAUGCCUAACUGGCAAGUUAUUUCCAAAGCUAGUAGGAAAGGAUAAAAUUACACUUGUGUAACGAGAGGAAAGCACUCGCCGAUUGUUUGAAUACGACCGUUUCCUAGGCAUUUGUCACUUUAACUUUGAAGAUUUUAACGACUCUAGAAUUCACUUAGAUCCGUAAACAAUAUUAUUAAAACAAUCAUGGACUGCAAAUAUCUACAGACAUUUUCAUUAUUAUCUUCUCGUAGGCAAAGUGUAUAGUUUUGAUGAUUGCUGUUUAAACGGUUUUACAAUUUCGUAAAUUUCGGCUUGUACUUUUUAUGCGCAAUAGCUCAUGGGUCUUCGGAAAUCGCAAAACAUUGGAAGAAAUUCGUCAGGAGUGGGAUAAUGACUAUCGAACGUAAUGUCGGCGAGCUAAUUUCACUUAGCUGGUUUGAUCGGAAAUACUUUUUCUAUGCGGAUCUAUAGUUUUUUUUUGUUUCCCAGUAACAUUAUUUUUAGCAGUUAAAUUUUUCUCCAACAAGUCUUAGAUCAAAAUGCCCUCUAUUGCCAUUAGAACAUGUAGACACGUAUUAAAUUUCUCUUUAAGGUCGUUAGAUCUAUUAGUAGUUGGGGAACAGGUCCCUCUGUGUGGACGCGAAGUAGUAACUUAAGCAAGUAUCUCAUUUGUUUCCUGACUUAGGGAACUGAAGAAUUUAAGUUAUGCAAUAUGAAUCUGCGUUCUUAGUUCCUUUCAGGUUAGCUAAUAAUAGAUUCCAUUAUGAGAAAGAGGAGAGUAAGGUCUUUGUUCAGAUUUCGCCAACCAUCAAAGUUAAGGAUAAGAUGUUUCUGUCAUUUAAAGUGCCUUGCAGUAACUUUAAUGUAAUUUACUUGCACACCUUUUAGGAAAACGUACAUGACUUGGGAGUUUUCAAAACAGAUGAUAGAAGACCUGAAGCUAGAUGGUCUUUUCAAUCUGUACGUUAAGUUCCUUUAAAGCAUGAGUUAGUUUCAAUCCUUUAUCAAUCCAAAUAUUGAAAUUGUGUUUUUUUCAAGGAUCUACAGCAUGGACAUCAAAUGUGGCGCGGAUGAAUGUGAGAAGUAUGUCUUAAGUGGUUCGCCCACUUCCUUCUGCCUUUCAUGCGCUAACUGCUUAUGAACAUCUGCUGCUGAGCCCUCAUGACAGUCAAAAUAUAGAGUAGUGCUAAAUUACAUGUGUUUAUCUACUACUACCACCACCACCACCACCACCACCACCACCAUCAGCAGCAGCAGCAGCAGACGCAGCAGCAAAAGCAGCAGUAUGUUCAAGAGGUCUUAGCCGGUCGUAGGACAAGAAACCAAAAUGCUUCGGCAACUUUGGUAGGGAAACGGAAUUAUUUUCCCAUGCAGUAAGUACAAUGAGAAGGGCAGUAUUUUUCUUAAUUCAAUUAUAUAAAUUCCUGAUACAACGUUCACAAGUGCAAAAAGAUUCCACUGACACUGUUUGGCCAAGUUAGACCAAUCAUAGAUGUCAUGUAAAUAAAAUACCCAUGUUGGGGCCAUGUUGCUUUUAUCGCUAUUUCUGAUUCUAUAAAAAUAUCAAACACUGUCCCAGCUUUUACGAUCAAUACGAACAAGUUAUUAAAUUUGUCGACCAACUGCAAUUAGAAUAACUGUGAAUGUUCAGGUCAACUAAUUUCACUAUUCCAGCGAGUUCUUUGUCUGAGCUCUAAUUUGCUGCCUCUUGCUUUUAGCCUUAUAGAUGGACUGAAUUCUACCGCCGUCAACUCUAUCUGGUACGGUGGCAUAAUUGACACUAUUUAAUACUAGAUAGAAAUGAUGUAUUUGGGAUAAAAUUUAGUUUGGGAUUUUGGCAACGCGUUUAGAGAUUCUUUCACAAUUAUAGAAGUUUUUAUUAUUUGUCUUUGCAACAUAAUGUCUAAUCAAUAUAGAUGUCUUAAGUAAAGAAUGAGUGAAACCAAGUCUUCUUCGAUGUUCCAGUAUCUUUUCAUAUUCGGAAAGUAUCCAGGGUCUAGUAUGCAUAAAAAGCAUUAUUUUUCCAAUACAUAGUAUAAAUAAGGAUGUGUGACGAUAGUUGAUAUUCUUUAUUCGUAGGAAACCGAUCUACUUCUAUUACAAUGAGCCACACGACAAGGCGAUCAAGGAAUACCUGUAAGCGUUUGCUAACACACUUAGAAUUAUGCUCUGUGAAAGUCUAUGUUUGUAAUUACAGACAGACAUAUACCUUAAAGUGAUGGGAAAUUACCCAAACAUAUUUGCUCUAAUGAAAAUGGUUUUUGUUUGACCUACACGCCAUCAGUAACUAAAGGGAUUUGUUUUAAAAAUAUUUCCAUCCAUGAGCUUUGGAUGCAAGCGAUUUAAAGCUGAGUUUUUUUUACCUGGGAUGUCCAAGGUGUAGUUGAUUUUGGUCUUACCUCCAACUUUGUCGAGCUUUAAAAAACAUUUUGAGGUAUUUUGGAGAUCAAAAGAGGGUUUAUGGUAGUAAUUUUUGUUUUUUGAAAUUUCUGCCAAGUUUAAUCUAGUUUCACUGCCACAUUAUUAACAUGAAAAAUGAGUAUGUUUUUUAACAUUUUUACCGGAAGGAAGGGAAACUACACAACAGGUGCCUACAUGAAGCAUCUUGGACUGACCAUAAUGUACGUCUUUUUGAAAAAUACUAUGCAUGUUUUAAAACUUACACGUAGAAUCGGCAGUUUUUCAAAGUUUUUAACUGUCGUCGUAUUAGCAACUAAUUGCUAGAUUCGAGCGAAAGCCACGCUGGGAUACAAGCAGCACAAUUUUAAUUUGCUUUUGCAUUGAAGGAGAUAUGGGCCGCUGAUUCACUAACCUACAUUAACAAACGCAAAACGAAAAUGGUCUUUGUAUGAUGCUGCACAGGAGAUUAAUUUUUUAUUUCCUUACUAACUUUACACGCACUCAUCUCGUUUUAACCAUCAAGGAAGUAAAAUUAAAGCUGUAAAAACAGAGGAAAUCUCCUGGGUAUCAUUAUUAACUUACCCUUUGAGGACAUAACGUCGUCAUAGUUAGACGAGGUUAAGUAGACAGCAAUAUAACCAUUAAAUUCUAAAUUGCGCAUCCCAUUUGAUCACAUUUAAUAGAGAUUUUAUGAUGUCCUGGUGACCCUUGGUGCGUGUUGUAUAUUCCACAUUGCGAGCAUAAAUGUAUGCGAUAAUAUUUCCUCAAAAUAUGGCUAGAAAAUCUUUUGCAACAUUCCCGAUGUAAAACAAACUACAGACAGACAGAAAGUUAGUAAACGAGACGCUAGCUAACAGACAAAACUCAGACACGUUGUUUCUAUUCAGAUAGAUGUUCGUAAAACCUGAAGGCCUGAAGUUAAAUAAUCACGGCAAAAUAUGGAUGUUCUUGAAUGGUUUUGUUUUCCAAGAUAGCCGGCCUUCGUUACAAGCUCCUUAGCAGAUACAGCUUAAAAGGAAGGAAGUUCUUCUUUAAUUCGUACUUAACGGGAUGUGCAUAACGGCCUGUAAGCGUCUGCUAUGCCACGGUCAACAAAGCAUGACCCUCAUAGGCUUGUUUGAGCUGGCAGUUCAAUGACAUCCUGUCUCCUGCCGGUAUAUACGCUUGCGGUCCCACUGGGUAUACAGUUCGUGAGCACGGCUGCCCAGACAUCCUCGUCUUUCUAACCCGUCGUGGUGUUGAUGUUGUUAAUUAAAAUCCUGGCAGUUUGUUGUAUAGACCAGGGGUGUGAAGUAGAGUGCUAAGGUGCGGCCUGGCCGCGACAUCUUCCUGUACCCCCCGGCUUCCGUUCUGCCUGAAUCUGUCUGCACACCGGACCCGGGGAGGAAGAGAGAGAGACAGUGCGAGAGAUGCCGCGAAAGUCUAAAAUCCCUAUAGAAUAAUUCACGCGCAAGUCACCGUGCUUGCUUUACCUUGCUGUGGAGCACACGGCGGGCAUCGUCCGAUGCGACUGUUAAACAGCCACUUAACGAGACGAUGUUACAACAGCUGCAUAUCAUCUUAAGUAUGUUUAGGAUUCUGCGAAUGUAAUUUUAGCGAUAUUUCCAGGACCGAUAUAUUUUCCAUUCUGCCUAUAUACCCAACUUUUGCUUUUUAAUGUAUUUGUCUGUAAAGACCAUUUUUUAUGAAAAGUGCAAAACUGCUGCCGUACACAGUUUUUUCUUUGCAGGAAAGUGAUCAGACUAAUUCGCGAUCGGAAGGAGGGGAAAAGCUGUUUCUCCCUCCUAACUCCGUUCAUAGCCUCGGCAUCUUCUUACAUAAUCGACAACAGAGGACUCAGAGACCUGUGAGUUUCAAGCAUUUAUUGUUUCUCGCGAAAGCCCGCAAGCGCUAGGCGCGAGGCGUGGAAAAAAAUUCGCGUAGGCUUGUCCUUUUUGUUCAAACCCAAAGAAAACGAUAGAGCAAAUAACACGCUCAAAGUCCUUGGAGGGAAUUGCGUCAUUCCGACAUUUUUAUUUCUUAUACGGCUUUAAGAAUGCACUCAUCUCUACACUUGUUAUUCUUGCAGAUUCGAACGUGGCGGGUUCACUGUGACAGACGCCAACGCGCUUAGGUAAGUGUAGUAUUUCAAAGACUUGGAAUGAUCUAAAUUUCAUAUAGAUUCUUCGCAAUCAAUUUUUAAAAACAUUUUUAUGUUAGACUUGAGCUGAAGAAUACCGUAACAAACGCAUUGGAGGCCCUUCUGUCCAAUGAACCGUAAGUUUGCAGCAGUGGAAAGUGUUUGGAUUUUAAAUACUGAAGGAAGUUAUCAUCAUAACGGUUUCAAGGUGUAUACUGUGUAAUUUAGGCUUUUUUAAUGUCAGAAACCAUUCUAAAGAACAUUUUCCCUGGUCUGGGGACUGGACUUCGGAAAUAUAUUUCGCCGAUGACUUUCCGAGCAAAAGUUAUCGAAGGCACUUUUCUAUCCGCUGUCUAGCAGGAAAUUUAUUUAAAAAUUCUUUAAAUUGACCUUUAUAGUAGAAAAACACGUUAAGUUAAAGAUUGAAUUAUCAAGGAAAACCAUUGUUUGCAAGUUUAUCAUAAACGAAGGUUUAACUUAUCCAAUCUAUAAUUUUUAAGUAAAAAAGUCUGUUAUCGAUAUAUCUUGAUCUUCCGCUCCGCAAAAGCUAUUUUAAUGAGAUAGGUAAACCAAGGAUUCAGUCGCAUACAUUUCUCGAAUUUAUGUAGUUAAUUUUCUUAGUCAUUAUUAUAUGUGACUGGUAAAAUACAUGGCAUUGGGUUAACUAACAGAAGCUAUCUAAGUAUCCUGCUUUAGAGUUCUAAAACUAUUUUGCUUCGUUUUUAGAGCAACGAAAAAGUAA